CCCAUCCCAGACAUUCUGGCGCAGGCGGCUCGAAAGGUCGCGAGAGCUGCUCAUGGGACGCAGAGGAGCUGGAGUUGCAGGUUGGCGUUAGGCGGUACCUUGGAAGGCAAGCAAGGGCGGGGUAAACUAGGGCGGGGUAUCGUACGUUCCGGGUUCCAGAGCCUAGCCACCUAGAAACUUGAAGAGGAAGGAGCUUUGACGCUUUGUGAGCCGUUAUAGAAAGGCUUUUGGAAAAGUCAGGCGGGCGGGGGUGUUCAACAAGAGACGGUAUCCUGCUGAAUCACUCAAGUGUCUGAACACGACACGGCCUUUCACACCCCCUCACACACGCUUUCACGACGCGCGCUGGCUGCCUGGCAAAUGGUGGCCCCUUCCUCGGAGCCCUGGAUCAUGCAUGUAGCGCUGAACCUGAACCGCAAACGCUCACGCCUCAUCGAUGAUGAGGAGGACGCGGACUGCCUCCCACCACUGGCGUCUCCGCUGAGCGAUACGCUAAAAAAGACGAAGACGGAGAGUGAAUUGGAUGAGAUUGGUAUUGUGUCUCCCGCGGAUGCCUGGCCUGUGGAUGUGAAGAGCAUCCUCGAAUCGCCGACGCUCCCUAAAGCCGAGGGCAGUGCGCUUGAGCCGCACAAUAACGUGUCCAAUUAUUCGUCCGCCACUUCCCUUUUGGUGCUGUGUGUGCAAGGCGACUGCCAUCUCCAUUACGACCUCCUGUGUUCUCAGUUACUGGACCUGUACACCAUCGCCCCCUCAUUGCAAGCCCUCGUCCUCUGCCGCGAUCCGUCGACCCACGUACCCUCUACCUCAGCAUCGAUUUCGCUCCCUCUCGUCCAGGCUGUUGGCCCCGAAUACAACCAUUUUGUGAGACUAGGAUUGUUACAUCCCUUGGGCGGAGGACAUUACCCGUUAGAUGCUCUUGUAGUCGUGGAUACUCGAGGCAGACGCAGACUGGUCUUGCCUUUUGGCUGGGGAGCCGGCCGACAUGCUGCCGACAUUGGUGGAGGAAGAACUGUGCAGAACCGCCUGAUGGAGAUGCUCAGAAAAUGUAUACAAACCUUGAGUCAGGAGUAGGAAUAAGACCCCCACCAAAAAGGGCCAGGAAAGCGAGUCCAGAAGAGCUCCAAGACUAUCCGUUCAUCUCGGCCAGCAAGAUUAGCAUGACUGGGGCGCGGCUACGGAAGAAGACGGCCGAACUGGACGAGAGCACCUGCUAAUUAUGUGCGGUGCCAUGGCACUUGCCAGAAUCCACGCUCCGAAGCUUCUAUGUUAGGGACACAAUGUGGUCUCGUCUCUCUGCUAUUACAGGGAGCUCCACCAAGCGCGUCACGAGAGCGGUUGACAUGCAGCAGUGGGAUCAGGUAUCAAU